CUUCACAGUGUAAUUUGCUCAUUCAAAAAACUGUGGUGCAUUUCAGUUGUAUGAUCGGGCUAUGACACGGGACGGUGCGAUGGGCGCGGCGGCGGCGUUGGUAUUGGUGCUGGCCGUGCUGCCGGCGGCGGUGUCGGGGCAGGCGGGGGUGGCGACGUCGUGCACGGCGUCGCUGAUCAGCACGUUCACGCCGUGCCUCAACUUCGUGACGGGGAGUACCAACGGCGGGGGCUCGCCGACGCUGCAGUGCUGCAGGGCGGUGGCCGGGGUGGUCCGCACCGGCGCCGACUGCGCCUGCCUCAUCCUCACCGGCAACGUGCCCUUCGGCCUCCCCAUCAACCGCACCCUCGCCAUCUCCCUCCCCAGGGUCUGCAAGUCGCUCUCCGUCCCGCUCGUCUGCAGAGAUACAGCGACGCAAAUCCCAGCUCCAGGGCCUAUUGCAUUUGCUCCGGCGCUGCCCCCUCUGCCGUUGCCGCCGGAGUCGUCGGUGGAUGAGACGGCGACACCGCCGGCGGUGGAAGCGCCGCCGGUCAUGCAGGGGCAGAGGCCGGUGGUAGUGCCCAGCUCGGUGUGGAGGGGCGCCCGUGCUCCCUCCGUUCUGCUGCUUGUGGUCGCAUCCAUUUUGGUUCUGAUUACGUAGGUUGUGCACGUGGAGGACUUGUAGGAUGCUCAUCUCCGAGACAAUGGCUGGUUUUCGCCGCAAAGAAAAGAAGGAUGUUACUAUUGUGUUGGUGGCUUUGGGCUCACCGUGUAAGAAAAUUUUCCGUGUGGGAUCAAUAUGAUGUGAUUAUGGAGCACGUGUUUUCUUGAA